UCCGAGUGCAGCGACUUUGUCAGUUGCCAAUCUUCCGCCAUGCCCCGCGAGACCUUCUACGCGCUGGUGUCGACCGAUACCUUUGGCACGCAACACCGCGUCUACGUCAAGCUCAAGACCACACGCAAUGGAGAACAGUGGACGAUGAAGCCACUGCAGACAGGCCGCACCAUCGAGUCGGCGCGCUGCCAGCCCAACAACCUCACCACGGUACGGCUAACGCAUCACCGGGCGACGAAGUACCGACAACGUCACCUCGUCGACAAGGGCGAGGCCGAGUCGGGCGUAGGGACAUACUUCCACGCGUACGUCUGCGUGGCUCCUGCGCCGCGCCACGUGUGGCGCUACGGGCUCGUUUUCGACUUUUCUUGGUCCGAAAAGGGUGGCGGU